AUGUCUGACUCAAAACGUCCCUUGCUGAUCAAAGGCCUACCGCGUCCACCCCGAUCAAAUCCAUCGGCGUUAUCCUAUACCGAACCUCCCAGACUCAGGAACAAGAUAAUACGUACAAAGGCCGAUAGCUUUAGAGUUGUGGAAUUCAACGGAUCCGCAAUUCCUCAGACAUUUCUCGAUCCAUCCAUUGUGCAGAAGAAAGCGCAGUUAGAGAGAGAACGGAAGUUGGAGCAGGAGAAAAGCACACGACAGCAGCUCGAGAGAAACCAGACACAGGGCUCUUCUACAUCCUAA